GAUGAGAAAAAUCAAAUGAUGACAACCAACGUCUGGUUGAAGCAGGAGUGGAAUGACUAUAAAUUGCGUUGGAAGCCCUCUGAUUAUGACAAUGUGACGUCCAUCAGGGUGCCAUCAGAGCUCAUCUGGGUUCCCGACAUUGUGCUGUACAACAAUGCAGAUGGGGAGUUUGCUGUGACCCACAUGACCAAAGCUCACCUCUUCUACACAGGCAAAGUGCGCUGGGUUCCCCCUGCCAUCUACAAAAGCUCCUGCAGCAUCGACGUUACCUUUUUCCCCUUCGACCAGCAGAACUGCAAAAUGAAAUUUGGUUCAUGGACAUAUGACAAGGCCAAGAUUGACUUGGAGCGCUUAGAGACCACUGUGGACCUCAAAGACUACUGGGAGAGCGGCGAAUGGGCCAUCAUCAAUGCUGUGGGAACAUACAACACCAAGAAGUACGACUGCUGCCAUGAGAUCUACCCAGACAUCACGUACUUCUUCAUCAUCCGACGACUUCCUCUCUUCUACACCAUCAACCUGAUCAUCCCGUGUCUGCUGAUCUCCUGCCUGACUGUGCUGGUCUUCUACUUGCCAUCCGACUGUGGUGAGAAGAUCACGCUGUGCAUUUCUGUCCUCCUCUCGCUCACUGUCUUCCUGCUGCUCAUCACAGAGAUCAUCCCGUCCACGUCACUGGUCAUACCGCUCAUUGGCGAGUACCUACUCUUCACCAUGAUCUUUGUCACAUUGUCCAUUAUCAUCACUGUGUUUGUGCUGAACGUGCACCACCGCUCACCAAGUACCCAUAAAAUGCCAAGUUGGGUGCACACCAUCUUUCUCAACAUCAUCCCACAUUGGCUCUUCAUGCGCAGGCCAGCUCCCUAUGGACGCCGUCGACAGAGGCUGCUUCUCCUGAAAAGUCGAAGGUCACAAGGACUCAGGGCUCAUGCUGGAUCAUGUUUGAGCACUUCAGCCAGCUGGUUCAAGGAGGUGGCUGAGGAUGAAGAAACACACACACGAUGCUUCUAUGAAGACCUAGAGUUGGGCACGCUGUCUUCUAAUUUCUCUCUCUCUUUCCGCCCUCCUUCUCCUCGGAGUACUGUCCGGCAAUCAGACAACGAACGAUUGUCUCUGUCUCCCAGUGUCAGGCAGGCUCUGGAGGGAGUUCACUACAUAGCAGAUCAUCUGAGAGCACAAGAUGCCGACUUCAGUGUUAAAGAGGACUGGAAGUACGUUGCCAUGGUGAUUGAUCGGAUCUUCCUCUGGAUGUUCAUCAUCGUUUGUCUGUUGGGUACCAUCGGCCUGUUCCUUCCACCAUGGCUGGCUGGAAUGAUCUAG